AUGGAAGAAAUUUUAAAAUCGCCGGAAGCAAUUUGGUCGUCUUCAGAUGGCACACAUUUCAUGUUCGCCUUAUUUAACGAUACGAAUGUUGGAAUGAUGACAUAUCCCUGGUUGUCGUCUGGAGCUUUAUUCACUGGAAGUGGCAUCUUUCCUGGAAAUUUUUUUCCAGAAACCAAAAAUGUUAGAUAUCCAACUCCAGGCACUGCCAACCCAGAAGUACAGCUGUGGGCAGUUGACAUAACUAAUUUAAGCGCUAUCCAAAAAUUUCAAAUUAAACCUCCCGCUUCUCUUGAUGGACAAGACUAUUACCUCACAUCAGCAGGUUGGAUAUCUGACAACAAUCGCCAAAUAUCGGUAGCUUAUAUGGGAAGAUCUCAAAAUUACAGCGUGAUAUCAAUGUGUUCUAAACUACGAAAUUGGAAUUGCUUUGAAAUUCAUUCUGAACGUGCUCCAGAAAAUGAAUGGUUGGAUAUUUUUCCUCACCCUGUGUUUUCGUCGGAUGGCAGCAGUUUUUUAUUACUAGCAAGUAUUCAGGAGUCCGGACAAUACCAGUUCACACAUAUAAAACAUAUAACCACAUCAGAACGAAGAGCUUCUGUUAUUUCUCAUGGUCGAUAUGAAACCUUUUUGCAGACCUUUUGCCUAUGCAAUUGCCUAAGAACAUCCUUCUUGGAUCCCCAAACCAAUCGAAUACUUAGUGGCAAUGAGUUAAAAAGUCUUGAAGCUGUUAAGAUUGGCUCAUUCCGCGCAUAG